AUGCCUCCAAAACGAAACGUCAAACACGAAAGUGAGGGCACUCCACGACGAUCCAAACGCCUGCGACUUGUCAGAGACGACUCGGUCCUCGCAGCGGGCGCCAGUAAUCUUAGACUCAGUUCCGGUUCUGGUGAUAGCUAUGACUUGGACGACCUCCCUUCUUCGGCCUCUCUGUUCAAGAACUCCCACAUUGAGGUAUUGAGAGUGAGAGUCAACCCAGCGUCUGCUGAGAGUGAUGUUAUACCCACAGUUGAAGUACUUGGAAAUCCAGAGUUUGACGUUGAAGAUAUUGAUGAAAUUACGAAUAAGAAAGUUCGCACUUUUUUUGCGAACUUGCAUGAUGUUGUGAUUAAUGGCAUGCAGGUGGUGGGCACAGAUGAAACAUUCACUGAUACGCUUGUGGAUGGUCUACUGCGCAUUGUUGAGCUGAAUGACUGGCCCUUAAGGGUCAGAAAUCAUCCCUUCUGCAUAUUAGACAUUGCAGAUUCCCGUGUAUCGUCAGACCCUGGAUUUGUAAUAAAAAAAAGAAAAAUCAUUGUUGUGGUGGUAGUCGAGGACAAACAUUUGAGAAACGUCAGACCAAACAAUGGAUUUGGAGAAUCCCAGAUCAGUGUGGAGAUUCUCGCUUGCGCAAAUGAGAAUAUGCGCAAAGAGGAAUAUCAAUAUCGGGAUCAGACGUUAUGGGCCAUUCGCACAAUUUCUCAUUAUGUCACGUUUUAUAAGGCCGAUAUUCCUGCCGAGUAUUGGAGAGAACUUGAUGAUGGCGUGCCACAAAGUCAGUCUGUUGAGGUUCAAAGAUGGCCGCGUGAGAAUACUUUGUUGUCCGGUUUCGAUCUCGCUCAACCGGCCGGAAGACGAGCCGUGUUGAAAGCUUUAGUCCAAAUUCGGGAAUUACUUUUGCAGGACGAUGACUGA